AUGGUUUCCAUCUCAAAUUUAAUCAAAUGUCUUUGCAUUUUUACACUUUUCAUUUGUUGUCAAAUUCAAUUGGCAACAAGCAGUGGUAACAAUCAAGAAUAUGACGAUAUUGAUCUUGGUGAUGAUCUUUAUGAAACAUUACCUAUUCAACAUCAUCGUCUUCAUCAUCAAGAUUUUCGACGUGCUUCAUUACGUUAUCAACCUCAUGUCUUGUAUAAAAAAGCCAGUCUUCGACCAAUUAUUGGUCAAAAUGGUCAACUUACAUUUGUCAAACGUGACCGUGUUCGACGUUCUUUAUCAUCCCUGAUAAAUUAUGAUUGA